CUUGCAGUUGGCUGUACUAGUUUGUUGUUAUGUUGUUGAGGUUAUAUACGUGGAGCUUUUCAAUUUAUUGAAGUUUUCAUAACAUUCAAACUGAAAAAUGGCUCCCACACGUAAAAACAUAGAUCACAUCCUAGCCAGGGUUAAUUUUCCUUUGUAUACAAUACAAAUGCUGUCUAAUAGGCAUGUAAUUGUUGGUGGAGGUGGUGGUUCAUCAAAAACAGGUGUUGCAAAUGGUUUCGAAAUAUUUGAAUUGUCUCACGACGGAAAAAAAUUUAUUGCUGAAGAAGUUACAAGACAUGAAACAGGCCCAAGUGUUGUUAUGAAUUGUUCAGCAUAUAGUGAUAGUAAACGUUCGUUCUUAGUGGCAGGACAAGAAAGUCAUUGUCAACUUUACAGUGUUGAAAGUAUUCUAGUCACAGAGGAGGAUAAAGUGGAGAAUGUUGGUGAUAACCAUGAUGUUAGGGAAAGAAAACCCAAAGCAAAACAAAAGACAGAUAAUAACAAAAAUGUUAAAAAGAAACUUAAGUUUAAAAUUAAGCCUAUGGAUAGUGUACAGACUGAUUCAAUAGGACAAGAACCACUGUUACGGGUAAUGAGGAUAGGACUGAAUGGGAAAAUGUUAGCUACAGGUGGAACUGAUAACAAUAUCAGAUUAUGGAAAUUUCCAACAUUAGAACCUCUAACUACUUUAAAAGUACACAAGAAGGAAAUAGAUGACAUAGACUUCAGUCCAUAUGGUUAUACACUGAUCACUAUUGCUAAGGAUGGUAUAGCAGUAUUAUGGGACUGUCUUAAAGGCAAAGAACUUAGCAAGUUGCAGUGGAAACAACCUGAGGGUUCUAAAUAUUUAUACAAAAGAUGCAGGUUUGGCAUUGUGGAAGGAACUGAAGCAAAAGAAGUAGCACUUUUCAUGUUGGCUAAUCCAACUGGAGUUGCUGGAAAGCAGAAGUCCUAUUUGCAAUUGUGGUUGUCCCAAGAUGGGUACAAACUUAGAAGGGUGCUGCCAUUUGAUGAAAGUCUAAGUGCUCUUGCUGUCAGAGAUGACGGACGAUUUGUUGCUGUUGGAACAAUGUUCAGUGGUUCAGUAUCCAUUCAUGCAGCCUUUAGUUUACAGAAAGUUUUGAAUAUUUCUGGAGCACAUUCCAUGUUUGUUACGGGUUUGGAAUUUCUGCCUGUAUCAUCUGAUAACCAUACUGCUAGUAGUGUGGCAGAAGCAGCUGUAUUAUCAAUAUCUGUAGAUAAUCAUGUGUGUAUACACACAUUGCCAUAUAGAAAAACAAUGCCGGCUUGGAUUGGUAUCUUAAUAUUAAUUUUAACACUAUUUAUGACAUUUGUAUUUUGUUCCUAUUUAGGUAUAUAGUUUAUUGUAAAUGUAUAUUUAUUAUGUAUAUUGGUUUUUGUACAAAAUGGUCUAAACAAAUCAAUAAAUCACAGAAAAUA